AGUAUUGUUUUUUUGGGAAAUAAUAGAAAAUAAAUAUCAUCAGUUUGCUUCUCCUUCGCUGCUUUCUUAUUACUGAUAGAGAGAGAGAGACGGAGAGAGAAUGGCGGGGGCGACAUCGUCAAGUUUGAUAUGGUCGCCAUGGCAAGCGACUCUUCAGCAAUCUACUACUACUAAUAAUAGAUUUUAUCUCAAAAAAGGCUAUCCCUUUCCUUGUCACUCUGUUUACAAUACUUUUAGUUUCAAAAGACGUUUUCUUUCCUCUUCCAAAUUUAACGAUGACCAUGUCGUUACCGCUUCUUCUGCCUCCUCCAAGCUUUCUCCGCUUCAGACCCAUUUCUCUUUCUCUGGGUGUGGUUGCUCGUGGAUUCAAGACAAUUCAAUGGUUCUUGAUUCGCCUACAAGUAAUGCGCUGCUGACGUCCAAGAAAUGCUCAGCAUUACCAAGCAAAACAGUGGAUGUCUCUUCAGUGUCUGACCUUUUUGAGUUCAUUUGCUCGGGUCCACUCGUGGACAAGAUCGGCAUCACUCCUGAUAAUGUUGGACAGUCCAUUGACAAAUGGUUGCUCUAUGGAUCCCAGCUCUGCAGACUCUUUCAGCUUAAUGAGCUUAUGCUCACCAUUCCCCAGAAAGCUAGGCUUUACCAUUACUAUAUCCCCGUCUUUGUUUGGUGCCAAGACCAGAUUGCUCUGCAUACUUCCAAGUUUAAAGAUGGAGAUGAUGUGCCUCCACUUGUGAUUGGAUUCAGCGCCCCUCAAGGAUGUGGCAAGACUACACUUGUGUUUGCACUUGAUUAUCUCUUCAAAACUACCAAAAUGAAGUCGGCAACAAUAUCCAUUGACGAUUUUUACUUGACUGCACAAGGCCAGGCUAAACUGAGAGAAGAUAAUCCAGGAAAUGCACUCCUAGAGUAUCGUGGAAAUGCAGGAAGCCAUGAUCUUCCAUUCUCUGUCGAAACAAUCGAAGCCCUGACUCAACUGACCAAGGACGGCAUGAAGAUAAAAGUUCCUCGGUACGAUAAGUCUGCUUAUAGCGGAAGGGGUGAUAGAGCCGAUGCAACAACAUGGCCUGAAGUUGAAGGACCUCUAAAGGUUAUUCUAUUUGAGGGAUGGAUGCUUGGUUUUAAACCUCUUCCUGCUGACGCCGUUAAAGCAGUGGAUCCUCAGCUGGAGACUGUGAACAAGAACCUUGAAGCGUAUUACGAGGCAUGGGACAAGUACAUAAACGCUUGGGUGGUCAUCAAAAUCAAGGACCCAAGUUAUGUAUAUAGGUGGCGUCUUCAGGCGGAAAUAGCAAUGAGGCAGGCUGGCAAACCAGGGAUGUCAGAUGAUGAGGUGAAUGAUUUUGUGUCGAGGUAUUUGCCGGCAUAUAAGGCAUAUCUUCCGACCCUGUACGCGGAAGGACCAAGCGGCUCUGACUUAGAGCGUGUGCUUGCGAUAGAUAUCGAUGAAGAAAGGAACCCCAUACUCGCUACCUAAAUGACAUGUUGUAUGUAAAAAGAGUAUUAACACUACAUGAUCACACUUUGUUAUAUUGUGUCUUCUGAAAUGCUAUUUCUUACAUUUUGUAUACUAAAACAGCAAAGUUUUAGCUAUUAUGCAGGAGAUGAAUAACACUUAUUUUUUUCACAUAA